AUGCGAAGAGUUAAAGUGCGAAUCUCUGAAGAGGCAACUAGUAAAAAGAGAGAUAAAGUAGUCAUUGAAGAAGCUGAAGAUACUAGGAAGUUGCAACUUGCAUUAUUACGUAAAAUUCGUCAGCAUGCAACAGCACCUGUUGACAAGUAUGGGUGUGAGCAAUUAGGCCGACUGAGUAACACGGAGAAAGGUUUUCGAUUCUAUGUUCUGGUGGCCUUGCUCCUCUCCUCUCAGACGCGUGACGAAAUUGUUGGCGCGGCGGUCUCACGCCUGCACCAUAUAGGCCUCUCCCCAGCAUCGAUCCAAGGACUUGAUGAGAACGUCCUUGCCGACCUUAUAAAGCCUGUUGGUUUUUAUAAGAAAAAAGCAAUCUAUUUAAGGAGGAUUUGUGAAAUUCUUAUAGAAAAGUAUGAAGGAGAUAUACCUAACAAUUAUCAUGAUUUAUGCGCACUCCCUGGAAUCGGGCCGAAAAUGGCAUACCUUGCCAUGGCACACGCUUGGAAUAAUCCGGUUGGGAUCGGCGUAGAUGUGCAUGUGCACCGCAUAGCUAAUCGUUUAAAGUGGGUUGACACACUUCACAAGUCCACCGAUCAUACCAGAAUGGAAUUAGAGAAUAUCAUUCCGAAGCGAUUUUGGCCCGAAAUUAACCCACUGCUGGUCGGCUUUGGGCAAGAAAUAUGUAGACCUACUAAGCCUUUAUGCCAUUUGUGCGAUUUGCAAGCUCUUUGUCCUUCGGCUUUUGCUAAAGGAAAUAAAAAAGUUUAA